AUGAAACGUUCACAUACGGUAGAAUCAGGCGAAAACGGUAAACGAUCAGGUAAUUCAUCCCGUACUAGUCGUAUGCAACGUUGGUCAUUAGCGUUGCGUCGUCAUUGGUUUUCAUCAACUUCGGGCAGAUGCCAGAAAAGUACAGAUUGUGAUUUUGAUAAUCCUGUGGAAGUUAUUUUUGCUACACCUGAAAAGACAGUGCUUGGUAGUUCAUUUAAUGAUGGCUCAUCAGCAUCCUGCUCAACAGAUCGUCCCUUGGUGGAUCCAACAUAUUUAACCAAUAUCACUUCAUCGACGCAAAAUAUUGUUAAAAGGAAAAGUUUGCGGCGUUUCUUCAGUAACGGUCAACAGCAGCAGCAACAACAACAACAACAACAACAGCAAGGAUCAUUAAGUGGUAAUCAUCCACGUCCCCAGUCUGUGUCAUUAGCAACACGGAAAGUUAGUGGCCAACAACUUAGAUAUAGUGCAACAGAUCCACUUCAUUCAGGCUCAUCUUCCUUAACCGAUCAACAGCAGCAAGAUCACUUAUUAUCGAGGGAUUUCGUAGAAUCAGAUUUAACGAUUGUUGGUACAAGAACAGCAGGAGGUGCUCAUAGUGUUUUAUCAUUGUGUGACGAUCAAACACAUUCGACAAGUGGGCAAGAAGAAGCAUCAACUACCGUUGCUGGAGGAUUACUUUCAGUGAAUCCUCCAUUAAUUGAUCCAACAACUGAGUCAAUAGCAUCAUUCUCCGAUCAGGGUGAAUUUGAAUUACCACCACCAAUGAGUGAAUUAAGUAGUGCUGUAGCUGAUGCUGCUGCUUCUAGAAACACAUCACAUAAAGAGGUGAGAUGUAUGCAUAUUGAUGCAAAUGAUGAACUUAUGCUAUUUGGAGGAGUAAAAUGCAAAGAAUUCAAAAACAAGAUUGACUUAUCUAGACGAGAUCGUCAUGCUGCAGCAACAGGAGCAAAGCUAGUAGUAGCUAAUCUAAACUAA